UCGUACAUUGACGUUGUCAUGACGUCAUAUGUAAACAACAUGGCCGCCUCAUAAGAUGGGGCCAUGGGUUUUAAAAUUUAUGAUAGUUUUUAGCAUAAUACUUCUUCAAUAUGUGAAAACUGAUGCGAGAGGUGGAAAUGGUGGAAGCCUGCAAGACAUAGACAGAAUUGAUGUAAAUAGCCGUCAUAAGCGAUCAUAUGGAGGUUCUAAAUUCAGGACAGGAAAAAAACGAAGAUACGACCCCUUAGAAAAUGAACAGGAAACCAGAAACCCAUUUGAAAAUCGAUUACCUGUCGAACCGUGGUAUUAUAAUACUGAACUACCAGGGAGACAAUUAGCUUCUAACAAUCAGGAAAGACGCGAUAUUAAUAAAGAGCACUACCACCAAGAGUCAGAACUACAAGAUAAUAAUCAACAGCAAUAUACCCUACAGCCAGAACCACAAGAUAACAGGAAACAGUUUUCCCGAGAGUCAGUUUCACCAGAUAAUAAUCAACAGCAAUACCCCCAACAGCCAGAACCACAAGAUAACAGGAAACAGUUUUCCCGAGAGUCAGUUCCACCAGAUAAUAACCAACAGCAAUAUCCCCGACCGUCAGAGCUAAAAGAUAAUAAUCAACAGCAAUACCCCAAACAGCCAGAACCACAAGAUAAAAAUCAACAGCAAUACCCCAAACAGCCAGAACCACAAGAUAAUGGGAAACAGCACACCCGAGAGUCAGAACCACAAGAUAACAGGAAACAGCACACCCGAGAGUCAGAACCACUAGGCGCUAUUGGGGAUCCCUGUAUAACCAAGCCUUGUGCAAAUCGUGGCACGUGUAAAUGGACACCAGACAAAACCCCGGAUUUUAAAUGUAAAUGUGCACUCGGUUAUAAAGGAAAGGUGUGCCAGGACUCUGUCCCUGAGUGCGAAUCCCAGCCAUGCAAUGAGAAAGGCUCCUGUGUUUCAACUCCGAAGGGAUUUAUAUGUCUUUGUACAGAUGACUUUCAUGGAACUUAUUGUGAAGACAAGACAAUGAAAAACAAAACAGAUAUUAUUAUCACUCCAGAAGAAUUUUACGAGGCUGAAAUAGGCCUUGGUAUCUUCGGUGGACUUGUUGUGGUGAUCAUUAUAAUUCUAGUCAUACAUUUUAUACGUGUUAACAAGAGAAGAGAAGAUAUGGUAGUUCAGUAUAAGCGUCUGUUGUUAGAGGAAGAAACACCUCCACCUUUACCUCCUGGAAUGUUAGAAGUCAGUAAUUUAUUAUGCUAUGAAGUUUUCUGCUUUGCCUGUCCCAAAUGGUCAGAAUCACUCACAAAGUACGCCUCACAAGAAGGGUUACAGAAAGCCUCCAGUAAAAUGGAAGAGGAACCAUUGAUGAGUAGACAACGUUUCCCAACCAUAAAGAAAUCUCUGGACAGUGUAUGGAGAGGUUCAUAUGAAGAGCAGAAACCGAAAUAUCGCACUUCAAGAGAUAAACCACAAUCAUUAGUUUAUCCAAAGCAAUAUAGUGCAACAAGACCAAAAAGUUUUGCUUCACUGCCAAUGCAAAUGAGUCAUCUAGACAAACAAUACUCGUGGCUUCCUAAAAAAUACGAUCGAUCAGCGGUCAACGUACAACAACCAGAAGAAAUUGUCAACAUUGAACGAGUUCAAUCACAAGAAAGCCUUUUGAGCAGACAAUCAUCACGUGUACUACCGCGAAUACAGUCUCGGAUGUCACCAAGGUCACCUGCAAGGUCAAACAGGUCAUUCAAAAAAAGGUCUAGUUUGGAAAGACCUUGGUCUUAUGAUGUCGAUCCACAUCUUAUUCAAUCAAGGCGGAAAGCACUGCACCAUCAUUCAGGUCAAGAAACAUCGGAUGAAAUAGCAGAUUUGUAUGACAGAAUUACAGACAGCAGACACAACAUGCGAUCGCAACAUAACCAACAUUUAGAAAAUGUACCAAGUGAAUAUAGACAACAACAGUAUGAACAAAGUUUAGAACAAAUGGAAAGUGAAUAUCGACGACUUAGCAGAAGACAAUCUCCAAACAGAAGAAGUUCAUCGUCUUCAAACCGCCAUUACAUGCAAAAUCCACCACCACCACCACCACCUCCACCACCUCCCCCGCACAUCUCGCGAGAUUCUGGUAUUGACCGGAAAUAUGGAUCGUCUUUAAUUAGAAGACUUUCGUCAAAGUUCGACGAGGGGCAAUAUAUACCCCCUGCUCCUCCAAUUCCACCACCUCCGCCAUUCUAUACUGAUAAUUAAAGAGAUAAGAAAAUUGUC